AUGGCGAUGCACAAUCCACCCGCUUCACCCUCCUACACCACCACCACAGCUUCGACCUCCUCAACACCCAACACGAGCUCAUUCCCAUCCUCAAACCUCGCGUCCUCACCAAUAACACCUACAUCUCCCUCCUUCAAAUCGCAGACCCUCCUGCCAAAACCAUACGUCCCGUCGCGACAGCCUCAAGCGCCAGUCUCCUUACAGAAAUCCAUACCCCAGAAACCGCCUGCGAACCCUUUUCUACCGUCAGAUGUCGGGCUGCCGAAAUUAGAGAAGAGGAUUUCGAAUGGGAGUAAAGUGGAAAACUGGUUGGGCGCGACGCAGGAUGUUAAAGUAGAGGAUUUAAGUCUGAGGAAAGAGGAAACACGGAAAGUGAGUCCUGGGGUUGGGGUUCAUAAGAGAUUUAGUAUCAGUGAACGGUUUGGCAGAGGGGAUGUAGGUUUCAUCUUUUUCCAAUCUCUGUCAAUUGAGAGCGCAUGGGUUAUGGAAUGCUAA